CCACAAGCCACUGCGGCCUAGCGAGCGAUGGCGAGCCGCGGCGGCAGCUUGGUGUCGGCAGCAGGACCGCGACGAGCCAAGCGGGAUGCAGUCAAGGCCAGUUUGGAUCAAGAUUCAAAAGUGAAUUCUGAAGUUUAUAACUUGGCCGUCGAAGUUGCAGAAUGCCCAGAUAAUAAGAUCCCUCUGCUGCUGCUAAAGCUAAAAGAAAUCUUAAAAGGACCUCCCUUAGGAAGCAAAGAGUUAAAGAAGUUGAAGGAGGAUAUUUAUUACUAUGACUUAAUUCAGUAUUGCGUACUGGUGCUUACACAAGACUACCACAAUGUCCCAGGAAACUGGUUCACAGCUGUUCAGCUGGCAGAGAUACUCAGCACUGCCUGUGUGGGUCUGGAUCCAAAGAAUGAUGCAGAAGAAUUUUACAGCAAAGUGUUACCAUCAGCUGCAGACAAUCUAAUGUUGCUGGCACGGCGUCUGCAGGCUCGCUUCCUCAAAGCUGAUGAGGAUGAUGAUAAACAAGAUUUUUUGCGCUAUUUCCACAAUGUGACGGACUCUCUUUGCUGGCUCCUGGGUGGCCACAUUCAAUUGGCUCAGUAUGUCUUGCAGUCUGAUCACCUACUACAGUUAUUGCUCACUGAUGAUGUGGAAACCGCGACUAUCAUGGUGUCUGUCCUGCUCACCAUUCUUCAAUUGAACAGAACAAUAUUGCUCACUGUGAAAGAAAGGAACAUCCAAUUAAUCCUGGAUGAAAUUAUUUACAAGCUAUUUGAAAGCACCAAUCCAGUUAUAGGAAGAACAUCUAUUAAAGUCAUGCUGUUGAUAGUGGAGUCUCAUCCUCCUACUUUACAAAUGCUCUACAAUUCCUACAAAGGUUUAAGUCGUCUUUUGAGUAAGCAGUGGACAGGAAGAGGUUUUGACAAGGACCUGAGUCAGCUAUUGGAACUACUCAAUGUUGGGUCAAUCCAAGGAGUAAAGGAGCAGAGAUUCUACCGAGCUGCAUGCUUGAUCCAAGCAGCAUGGAGAGCAUAUCAGACAAGAAAGCGGAUGAAGAAACUUCCAAAAGUCGUGACAAAUUUACAAAGGAGUUUCAGGGCAAAACGUGAACAGGACAUACAACGGCAGGAAAAGGAGAGAGAGGAAGAGGAGCUAAAACACCAGCUACAGCUUCGGCGACAUCGAACUCUUCGAGAUUUUCGCCAGCGGCAGCUGAGCAUGUUGGAGAUAGUGCCUGCAAGUGAAAUUGCCAAGUACCUGCAGCAGGAGAAGGAGCAAGCAGCAUUGUUGAUUCAGAAGGUCUGGCGUGGUUACAGGCAGAGAAGCUGCUUCAGUCAACAGAAGCAGGCCCUUAAGGAAUUCAAGGCAGCUGUCAUUGUCCAAAGAGCUGUGCUGAAGUUCCUCGAAAAACGUAGACAUCUGAGAAAAGGUGUCCUUACCUGGCAGGGACCAAAGGGUCUCACAGAUGCACGGAGACAAGAACUGCACGCCAAAGUUGAAGAGUAUGUCAAACGUCAUCCGGUUCCUCAUGUGUCAGAGGAGCGAACGAAGGAGCAACAUGCCCAGGCCCAAGAGAUGCUGGGCCAGUACCUCAUGAGGAGAAAUCUGGAGAGAAAAUCAGAACUGCGCCAGGAGGCACUACUUGCCCAGAUUAACACAGACAUUGAACUCCUGAUGAAUGCUCCAAGUUUAAAGGAGGCCACCAAGAAGGAUGCAGAGCUCUUUAACUGCAGAUCUGCUCCUGUUGCAGCCAGGGCCAGGCAGUCUCACAGUGCCAUGCUGCAGUUCACACGGGGGCCCUGGUGGAAGAAACUGGACCCCGAAGCAAUCUACACUGACGAUACGGAUUUUGAUCUUGUACUGUGACCACAAAGGCACGAGCAGGGAGCACCCGCACCAGCCUAACAUCUGGGGAAGUGGGAUGGGCAAGGCUAACAAUGUUGUGGCGUGUGGUUGGCAGGCAUUUGCACUCUUCUUCAAGUGUGCAUUGGUGAAGAGCCACGGGAAGGAAAAUAUUUACAUACGUGUUAUAUUUGAGGAUAGUGGCUGCAAUAGUGCAGGAAAGGUGGCAGCUAAUGUGCACACAGCAAACUCUCUCAAACAGCAAUCGUCCCUUUUUGCUGGAGUUAAUUAAGAGAUAAAUGUUAACUGGGAGAGCUUCCUUUCUCCUCCUCCCUCAGUUACAGUAGAGUCAGAAUCAGGUUUAUUAUCACGGACUUAUAAGUUAUGAAAUUUGUUGUUUUGCAGCAGCAGUACAAUGCAAAGACAUAAAGUUACUAUAAAUUACAAAAUAAAUAAAUAGUGCAGAAAAAAAGGAAUAACAAAGUAGUGUUCGUGGGUUCAUGGACCGUUCAGAAAUCUGAUGAUGGAGGAGAAGAAGCUGUUCCUAAAUCGUUGAGUGUGGGUCUUCAAGCUCCUGUAACUCCUCCCUGAUGGUGUAAACGAGAAGAGGGCAUGUCCCAGAUGUUACAUAUCCAGCUGAAUGACUCAGUACAAGUCUCAGCCAAAAGUGGGCACUUCUAGCAGCAGCACUCCCUCAACAUCCCAUACGUACACCACAAAGAAAUAAAAGACAAGUUACUCCAUUGGCAGUGGGAUAAGUGUUGAUCCCUGUUAUUAGGCACUGAGCUUGACCAAUGACUAAGUUUGUUCAGUCAUGGAAAGGAAUUUAAUAGAGGUUCACACAAUGACAGUGCAGAGAGGAUAAUUGCAGACAACAUUCCAUAUUAAUAUAGAUUCAAACAAGCAAAUAGCAAAAUUUUCAUUGACAUCUUAAGGUUUCAAAGACAUCUGAAAUAGAAAAGUGGAGUCACAGCCUUGCUUUAAGAAUUAGUGGGUUUCUGUGAUAAGGGAGAUAUGUCUGGGUGAACUGAGUGACUUCCAAUGUCCAACUUAUAUUUUAUACCUC